AUGUCCAAGGGAACCGUGUGCCUGGCUCUGCGAUUUAGAUACUCAGGCGGGCUCGAUACGUCGGCCAUCCUCAAGUGGUUGCUGGAGGAGCAAUAUGAAGUUGUCUGCUACCUCAGCAACAUCGGCCAGGAGGAAGAUUGGGCUGCUGUCGAGAAGAAGGGUGAGUCAGGCCGAACCAAAACAUUGUCUCUCCAGAUUGGCGCCAAGAAGAUGAUCAUUGACGACCUCAAACGCGAGUUUGUUGAGGAGCUUUGCUGGAAGGCCGUCCAAUGUAACGCGAUCUUCGAGGACCAAUACCUCCUGGGAACGAGCUUGGCUCGACCUGUCAUUGCCCGUGGCAUGAUGAAGGCCGCCGCCCGAGAGGGAUGCCAGUUCGUGUCUCACGGCUGCACCGGAAAAGGCAACGACCAGGUCAGGUUUGAACUCGCCUUCUACACCAUCAACCCCCAGAUUCGCUGCAUCAGCCCUUGGCGUCUGCCCGAGUUCUACAAGCGCUUCCAAGGCCGCAACGACCUGCUUGACUAUGCCGCGGAGAAGGGCAUUCCUGUCACCUCCACCAAGGCCAAGCCCUACUCAAUGGACGACAACUUGGCCCACUGCUCCUACGAGGCUGGCAUCCUUGAGGACCCCAAUGUGACCCCCCCUGAGGACAUGUGGACCAAGACUGUCUCCCCCUUGAAGGCUCCUGAUACUCCCCUCGACAUCACCAUCCACUUCGACAAGGGCAUUCCCGUGAAGGUCGUCACCCCUCAGCAGACAUCCACCGAUGCCGUUGAGCUUUUCACUCUGCUGAACAAGGUCGGCGGUGAGCACGGCGUCGGUCGCAUUGACAUUGUUGAGUCGCGUUUCAUUGGCCUUAAGUCCAGGGGCGCUUACGACUCGCCCGCUAUGACUAUCCUCCGUCUUGCUCACAUCUCCAUCGAGGGCCUUGUGAUGGACGGUCGUUUGAGGUCCCUGCGCGACAACCUGAGCAAGCAAUGGUCUGAGCUGCUCUACAACGGCAUGUACUUCAGCCCUGAGCGGGCUUUCUUGCAACCCAGUCUCGACUUCUCUCAGCAGCGGGUCAACGGCGAGGUUCGCCUCCGCUUGUACAAGGGUCACGUCGCCGUCCUGGGCCGCACUUCUGAGGAGAAGCUGUACUCCGAAGAGGAUGCGUCCAUGGAUUCCCUGACCACCUUUGAUCCUUCCGACACGUCGGGCUUCAUCACCAUCCAGGCCAUCCGCCUCAAGAAGUACGGUCUCCAAAUGGCUGAGGCCGGCAUUGAGUUUUAA